AUCCUGACAUUUUUUAAUGGGAACAGACAACCAGACGUGGGUGAGAGAGUUCAUUCUCCUCGGCCUGUCCAGGGACUGGGACACUCAGGUGUCUCUCUUUGUCCUGUUUGUGGUCAUGUACCUGGUGACAGUGCUGGGGAACUUCCUCAUUGUCCUUCUGAUCAGACUGGACGGCCGACUGCACACUCCCAUGUACUUCUUUCUCACCAACCUCUCCCUCGUCGACGUCUCCUAUGCCACGAGCAUCGUCCCUCAGAUGUUGGUUCAUUUUCUUGCUGAACAGAAAGUGAUCCCCUAUGUGAGCUGUGCAGCACAGUUAUUUUUCUCCCUGGGAUUGGGCGGCAUUGAGUUUGUUCUACUGGCAGUGAUGGCCUAUGACCGCUAUGUGGCUGUGUGUGAUCCCCUGAGGUACUCAGUCAUCAUGCAUGGAGGGCUCUGUGCUAGGCUGGCCAUCACCUCCUGGGUCAGUGGCUCUGUCAACUCUCUUGUGCAUACUGCCAUCACCUUUCAGCUGCCCAUGUGCUCAAAUAAGUUUAUUGAUCACAUAUCCUGUGAAAUCCUAGCUGUGGUCAGACUGGCCUGUGUGGACAUCUCCUCCAAUGAGAUUGCAAUGAUGGUUUCUGCCAUUGUCCUGCUGAUGUCCCCAUUCUUCCUGGUUCUCUUGUCCUACAUCAAGAUCAUCACCGCCAUCCUACAGAUCAGGUCCACAGAGGGCAGGAAGAAAGCCUUCCACACCUGUGCCUCUCACCUCACAGUGGUGGUCCUGUGCUAUGGCAUGGCCAUUGUCACUUACAUCCAGCCCCGCUCUGGCCCCUCUGUCCUCCAAGAGAAGUUGAUCUCUCUCUUUUAUGCCAUUCUGACGCCCAUGCUGAACCCCAUGAUUUACAGUCUAAGGAAUAAGGAGGUAAAGGGGGCCUGGCAGAAACUCUUAGGGCAAUUAUCUGGAUUCACAUCAAAACUGGCAACCUGAUGAAUCAUGAGCACCAGUUAGAGAAGAGGACUUCAACUGUGUGUUCUCCCACUUAACUCAGACAUGACAGGCAUCAACUGCAUCGCCAUGGCAACCAGGAAGAAGAUGAUGAGAAGUGUACUGAUGGUGUGGGUAGGAGGCUGAGUGGUUAAGUGGGGUGUGAGAUAUGGGGGCAUUUUUAGGUCCCAGCGGCAUGUUCAGUAGAGUUAAGCACUGCUGUACUGGGGCUCACCCUUACUCAAUCUUCAUUCAUAUGGCCUGUGAGGAAUGAAAAAAAAAAUACCAUUUACUGUUUUGACUCCUCACAUUGUUUAUUGCCAUGGACCUAGUCAUGGAUGUAAUUUGCACCACUAUUUCUUGUUCAUCCAAAUUUUAUACAAGGUUGUCAUGCCUCUGUUGGGAACCAUUGAUUUCCAUAUGUGAAGCCUCACUUAAGAUAAUGUGUGGCGUAUGUGGCCAUAUCCAAUAGUUGUGUAAGUCACUAUGCUUAGGAGAAUGUUGCUAUCAAGGUUGACUAAAAUGUGUUUGUGUAGGACCCACUACAUGUGAACAUACCUUCUCUGUCUGAUAAUGGAAAUAAUUGAGUGGAGAAACAUCAACUAAUUUACUCUGAUAAGGAUAUAACCAAGGGGCAUUUGUACACAAUGAAAUUAUUGGGUAAGGAACAUAUGAAAUUCAGUUACAACUAAAAAAAUAUAUGAAUAAUUGAACAAGAAAGUUACUGCAUAUACAUGGGGUCUUAUUCAAAGGACAGAACUGUCUAAUUUCAGAAAAUCCAGCAAAGCUAUUCUCUGAAACUUUGGAAACAAAAUAAGCAAUUAAACAAUGUAGUAAAUGUAUAAAAUAUCAGAGGUAUAGUUAAUCAAACAAAGCAAUUUCCUUACAGCUUUAAUGUGGAUUUUGGGUUAUCAGAAUAAGUC